AUGGACUCUCCCUUGAAGAGAAUUAGUAGACAACGACUUGGCUAUGCUGCCUACCACUGGGGCAUCUUCACUUCACCGAAGACAUCCGCAGCGCGAAGUUGCUAUUCUUACGAUGUAACCGAUGGGGCCCAUCCAGACCCUGUCACCAGAGUUGAUCACAAUCCAGAACGAAACUGGUUUUUCCGAGUGAGGCCGAACGUCGAUUCAAUGCUGACUAGCCAUCUUCUUGGAAGUAUGAUUGGCAAGGUUCCAAACGAACUUGCCCACGCGAAGAUACAGACGCAUCUCGAAUCAAUUCCCCUUCCCAGACAAGGGGUUUUACCGGAGAAACUGUGUCCGCUGGACAAACAAGGCCCUGCGAUCCCAAAGUUGCAGCAGAAAGGCUUAGGGGAGCAAUCUGACAUUGAUCGGUUCAUGCCUGAUUCACUUGCUUUUGCUGAUUAG